AUGCCCGCGCUCAGGAUAGCCACGGAAGCGGUCCCGCGCGACGAGACGACGUCGAGCGCGCCGCUGUACGACACCCUGGGCGACGACACCCCGCGCGGGCUGUACCGCGACCUCGAAGAGGCGGAAACCGCGCGCACGCAAGCCGCGUUAGACGCGUUCAAGGACGGCCUCUACGCCGACGGCGCCGACGCGGGCGGCGGGCCAGAGGACGCGGACGAGGACGUUCCUCCCAUCGUCGGCGGGACGGUGUUCAAGCCGCAGCGCGCGCGCGCGGACCGCCAGACGACGCGGCCGCUGCGAGAGCAAAUCGAGGAAUGGCGCGGGAUGAUGCCGCACGCGCGCGUCCGCGGCGUCGCCGUCGGCGUCGUCGCGCGCGACGACGCCGUCGACGCGACAGACCUCGAGGGCGUCCAGUUCAUCCCGAGAGAAGCGCGAGGAGACGACGGCGACGCGGGGACGUCGCGGCCCGCGGAGACGUCGGCGCCCGCGCCCGCGGCGGCGGCGGCGGCGACGCCGUGGCUCGCCGCGCUCGACGGCGGCGUCCGCGAGUGGUGGGGCCGCGCGUCCGACGCCCCCGGUCUCGAAGUCAUCGGGCACGCGUGCGCGACGCGAAAGUCCCCCCCGCCGCCGCCGCCAGAGGAGGAGGAGGAGGAGACGUUCGCGGAGGAUGGAACGAUCGAAGAAAUCUACGCGGGCGGCGCGGAUGAGAGCGCGUCCGACCCGGUGGCGCGCGAGCUCUCCGCCGUCUUGGACGCUCGACGCGAUCACCGCCGCUUCGAAGCGGGGCUUCCGUCGCUCGACCCGCUCGAGGUGAUCGCCCUCGACGUCGCGUUCGACCGAGGGGAGGUGAAAGCGGGGGAGGUGGAGCCCGCGCCGAAGCUCGGCGACGGCGACGCGCAAGUCAUCGUCUUCGACGACGAACACGACGACGACGACGACGACGAAUACGACGACGAGAGAGGAGGCGCGAGGGACGAGGUCGAGUCCGCGUACGAGUUCGGCGGCGAGGGUUUCGCGGAGGAGCCCGCGUACGAGUACACGCGGUCGUCCGAGAAGCGUUUGGACCGGUCGCGCGAGUGGCCGAACGCCGACGACGCCGACGACGACGGCGCGCCGACGCGCGAGUCUUCCCCCGAGCCGAACCCGUGGCCGGAGGUGGCGUGGGGCGGCGGCACACCCGUCGCGGCGGCUGCGGCGUCGGCGGUGACGCGCGCGGCGCGCGCGGCGCGAUCCCCGGACUGGUCCGACGCGGGCGGCGAAGAGGCGCGGUGGUUCGGGGGCGAACGCGCCGCCGCCGCCGCUGCCGCCGCCGUCGCCGUCCCCUCCGACGACGACGACGACGACGUCGACGACGCCGCGCCGGGGAAGCCGCUCGUGGACUGGCUCCUCAGCGACGAGCACACGUCCCUCACCGCGGCCCCCGACGUCGUUCGAGCGAUGCACCCGGUCAACGCGGUCGACGAGGUCGCUCGAAGUGCGAUGGAGUGGGGCUGGGGGAACGGACCCUCGAUGGGCAGCGGCAGCAUCGGCGACCGAACCCCGGGGCCGCCGCCGACGCCGAGCGAGUACAGCGCGUGUUCGCCGGAUCUCGGGAGCUCGAAACGCACGGGGUUCACCCCCGCGACGAGAGAGCGUCGCCCGCAGAGCGUGCCGAACGUGCUCGUGCUCGACGAGGAGUAUUCCGCGUGCGGGGACUACGACGACGGGGAGGACGGCGACGGCGACGGCGACGGCGACGGCGGCGGCGGCGGCGGAAAAGUUCUUAAGGAACGGCGUUCACAACGCGAACGGGAUCGUAUGGGGACCAGUGCGCGCGACGGCGUCGAGAACGACCGUCCGCCGGGCCGCGGCGGCGUCGCGUCGACGCGCGCGCGAGGCCCGACGACGACGACGACGGCCGCGAGCGCGUUCCCGGGCGAGUACCGAAGAGGAUCGCUCCCGGCGACGACGGCGCCGGAGUGGGCGCAUCCGUCGGCGAAGAGCAAACGCCACGCGUCCAUCGCGGCGCCGACGCUUCCCUCCGUCGCGGCGGUUUCCUCCUACUCCUCCUCCUCGCUCGCGCCGCGCGCCGCGCAGCGACCGCCGUUCCGCGUCGGCGCGGCGCCGCCGGCGCGGAGGCAGGCGAUCGAUACCAGUAGUAGUUCCAACGCGCACGCCGCGCAGCGCGGAGGCGGCGGGGACGACCUCGGGUUCGGGUCGCUGGGCAUCUCCGGCACCGGCAUCGCGACGCUGCGGCGGCGGUGA